AUGUCAUGGGGACGACUACCUACCGAUGCCCACUCUAUCGAGGCGGCACUGUCAGGCGGCCUGCAUCUCAGACUGGGUCCCUCUCCGCACACCGUUACUUGUCCAAGAAGCAUGGCCGCUGUGAGGUCAAGAUAUCUGUCGGCACGGUCUCUCGCCCAUUAUUGCAGGUCUGCAUUGCGGCCGCCGUUCAAUGCAGGAGCAGAAUCAGCCCCACGCCACAAUGCUCCAAAGCCGCGGGCAUCAGAAGCAGUAAACAGCCUCUUCAUGCUGAUAAUCUCUUGCCAUCACCUUCUCUCUGCAAUCGCUCGCUCGCUCUCAUCAUCGCUCCCUCUCUUCUCGUACCGGCAACCUUCUCGCUCUGCUCUUCCACCUGCUGCUCCUGGCCUGGCUUGCAAGUCAAAUCUGCAAGAAGACGGAUUCAGCAGCCUCCAGCCGUGGUUGGUGUCCAGUGAAAAUGUUGCGCCGCAAUCGGCGAUUGGUGCUCGAUAUCAACCGUCAAGCUAA